AAACAUUGAACAGGCAAGCUGGGUUGGGCAAAAUUGCGAGAAAUUUCCCCGGACCGUGGGGGUGGCCAGGUACUUUUAUCGUCCAUCCAUCUGUACAAACUACUAUGUUCCGACUUUUCCGUGCCUCUUCUCCCCAUCAUCACAACAUCGUUGCCUGCCUAUCUUACCGCAUCGAACCAGGGGCGUCGAACAUCAUCUGCUGCUACCCAUCAAGUUUUCAUUCUUAGUAGAACGUCAGCAUGCACGCAAUAUCCUGGAAGGCCCGGUCGUGGUCUCUUAGGGCUUAUGUCUGGACCAUCCUCGGAGCUGCCACCGUCGCCGCGAGCGACCAUUCGGGCAUCGUGGAAGUUGACCUCGUCUUCCCCCGCAACGAUACAUACGCGCCCACGCCGGUUUUGCCCAUCAUAUUCGGUUUUAGAAACUCGCAGUUUGCGCCGGGUCUCGCUCCCAAGAUCGGAUUCUCGAUAUGGAACUACAAUAACAAGAGCGAUUCAGUUAAGACCACGGAGUACGACGUGAGAUUUGCCAACUUCUCCAGCAGCGACCCAUACUAUGAAUACCGCGGGUUCGUCAUGUUCAACGUUGAGGGGACCUGGCAGAUCAGAUAUACCGUGGAAUGGUUUAGCUGCACGGAGGAUUCAUUCAAGUAUCCAUACAAUAUCCCCAGCAAUGACACGUCCAAUGCCAUCAUCUUCACCACCAAGAACGCCGGGCAAAGUGUGGAUCUUGUGGCUGCCACAAAUGGGCAGGAUUGUUCGUCUCAUGCGGGGGUAGCUAUCAACGUGACUGAUUCGCUUAACUCCACCGGAAUUGCAAAGUGGCCAGGCGGCGGUAUGUGUGCUGUGGCGGCAUCAUCAACGGUCACGCCGGACCCUUGCCAGAUCAAGGUCAGCGAGGCCGAGGCGUCAAGCAUCUCCGCCUCGGUAACUGCUCGGGCGUGCGAGUCUCAGAAUCCACCAAUCGAGUGUCCUUCGGGAAACAAUGGUGAUAAAAAUGAUGCUGGUCAUGGGUUGGUUGUUGGAGGAAUGGUGUGUUUGACUGCCGCAUCGGGUGCGAUCUUUCACAUUUUGAUAUGAGAAAGGGCUGGAUUGUAUUUGCCACCUGCACCGAAAUGACUGAAGAUGGAAGCUUUUGUGAGAAUUGAAGCCUCAUAGAUGUUGUGUACAAGGCAUCCAAGCUCAGGCUGAACAAGAAUC